AUGGCGAGCACCGAGCCUGGGAGGUGGCGUAGCAGCCCCGCCGGCCGGCCGCGUCGACGUGGGCCAGCCGAGAGCGGCGCGGAGGCGGGGUGGACGGCCCUUGCCGCACGGGCCGGGACGGGGGAGGCCGGCAUCGUCGGCCUGCCGAGCCCUGGCGGGCGCGUCGACGAGAGCCGGUCGGGAAGAGAGAGGAGGCGGGGGUGGCCGGGACCGGGGUGGCGUGGAAGGCGCGCCGACAGGGGCCUGCCGAGCCCGCCUGUGCGCGGGCUGGGGCGUGGCGGGGGUGGCCGGGGCACCGGCGUGGCGGCCGGGACAGGCGCGGAGGCGGGGUGGCGGGGAGGGCGCGCUGACCUGGUCGGAGCCGGGUGGCUGGGACACCCGCGUGGCAGGCGCGCCGAGCGGGCCCUGCCGAGCCCCUUGCGCACGGGCCGGGGUUUGGCGGGGGUGGCCGGGGCGUCGGUGUGGCGGCCGGGACAGGGGUGGCGGGGAAGGCGCGGCGGGGGAGUGGGGGAGCGGGGGCAACGGGUGCGGGCGUCGGCAUCGGUGUCGGCGGGCGAGGCCGUUUGUGCGCGGGCCUAG